UCUCAUUCAGUUCAAGUUGAUCCUUAGUCGUGUGAGUGUGAAACUUUGAGUUAAAUUCUUCUUUCGCAUCGAAUAUCUCACAUGUUUUGGCGCCUAAACUGUCAUCUGUGGUGGUGAUUGAUAUAGCGUGCGUUACCCAAAAAAAAAACAUCUUGCAGAAAAUCUCUUAUGUGUUUUCCACGAUUAUUUUUCGGAAAAAAAAUAAAUAAAUAAAAGAAAAACAGUGGCAAAAAUAUCCCGGUGAUUGUGAAAAUUCUAGGCCUUUCGAUUCCUUCAGAAUUAUCUAUCGGUUCGGUUGAAAAUUUCGUAUUAGUCAUCAUUCCUUUUUGUGUGUCCACCAAAACUGGAUCAAUCAUUUUUCUUGGCGUUCAAUCUGUGCGACUUUUUGGCGCACAUCCGUUUCAAGUCACACACAUUUUUAGUGCUCUAAAUUAUAGCAUUUUGAUCAAGUGAUGUAUUAAACUGUUGUGGAGUAUUACCUACAUCAUAUGGAUUUAAUUGCGGAAAAUAUGGUGAAAUCUGUAUAAUUCAUCAAUAUUCCACUCCUCGACUAGUACAGUACUUUGAAAAAUUAGACUAGACUUGAAAAUUUCCACAAAAAAAAUUCUUAAAAAGAAAAGUGAGAGUACCUUCGUGUAAAAUCAGCAUCACAAUGACAAUCCAAAACAGAGACAAAGAGGAAGUACCUGACGAAUUUGAGUUGCCUUACCACAAUAACCAUCAAAGUGAAAUAUUGGAUUCAUCUGGACAACCUGUUAUGAUUAAAAUUGACGUUCCAGUGCCUUUACGUGAUGAACCACGGUUCCCAAAGGAAAAGUGGAAAACCUUCUACUCAUUUGUGAUAUUAGUCGUCAACUUUAUAUUAGCCACAGUAUCACUAUCCCUCGUCCAUGAAAGACUACCUGAUAGAGAAAAAUAUGCACCACUUCCGGACGUCGUCCUGGACAAUAUUCAGGAUAUGGAUUGGGCUCUCAAUGUCAGUGAAAUUCUCAUAAUGAUCGGCGUCAAUUCAUGCAUCAUUCUCAUCAUUUUCCACAAACACAGAUUCAUCGUAAUGCGUCGGGUUUUCCUACUGAUGGCCCUGCUCUACCUAAUGCGAUCUGUGACGAUGUACGUGACAGUUUUGCCUGUUCCUAGUACAACUUACUAUUGCAGUCCCAAGUCAAACUCAACAACUCCCCUCUUGAUUGCCAAACGCGUCUUUCAACUCUUGUCCGGCUUCGGACUGUCCAUCAACGGCAAGCACACCUUCUGCGGUGACUACAUCUACAGUGGACAUACGGUCAUGCUGGUUCUUGCCUAUCUAAUCAUCAGCGAAUAUUCACCAAAACGCUUCUAUGCCAUUCACUGGGCCGCCUGGCUGAAUGCUCUUGUCGGAAUCAUUAUGGUACUUCUGGCACAUGGUCACUAUACAAUUGACGUACUUAUUGCGUACUACGUAACAACUCGUCUAUUCUGGACUUAUCACACUUUGGCCAACAAUCAAAUGCUCCUCAAGCAAUCAUCCAACAACUACUUGUCACGUGAAUGGUGGUUCAUGUAUUUCCGAUAUUUUGAAAAAAAUAUCCGUGGCCCCGUUCCACGUCAAUACGACUGUCCCAUUUCGUGGCCAAGACGCUUCUUCAGCAAACUCCCGAGUCGCGAAAGUUAACACGUUGCUGUUUCACGAUUUUGAAGACCAUUCGCGGGUGAUUUGUGUGAAGGAAUUCAGAGGACAAUUGAAAUUAUUUCAUUGUUCUUUUCACGCAGAAACAAAUGCCACAAAAAAAUUUUGUAAAUAGAAUUAAUUUAGUAAUGGAAAAAUGAGAAAUUUCCCUGAUUUAUUUUCUUUUUACUACGAGGAAAAAUGAGAAAGAAUUUGUUUUUAAUUUUCUUUCUCUCUCAAAAAAAAAAUUUAGAAAUUUAUACCUUCGAUUGAGAUUUAUAUUAAAACAAAAAUGAGGCAAAAUUGAAAGGGAAAUUUCUGGUGAUUUUGGAAGAUAUUUUGGCAGGGAAAAAUUUAAGAUGAAAAAAAUAAAAUGGAGCAAAGAGGGAUCCUUGUAAGAAUCCACAAAGUCUGAAUUUAUUGUUUCUAGUUUUUUUUUGCAUUAGGUUUUUAAAUAUAAAACUCUAGCUCUAAGUAGUGAUUAAUGAAUAUUUGUUUAAAAAAUGAAAAAAACAAGAAAAAAAAUUAAGAGGAUUUAUCUUUUAAGAGAAAAUAAGACAGAAAGCAUCACUUUUUAUAGGAAUUCACGAAAAAAAAUAGAAAGAGAGAAGAUAGGAGAGAAAUUAUUAAGGAAAAAUCUUCAAAAAUUCAGUGAUAGAAAAGUGAUAACAAGAAAAAUUCCUUUGGAGAGAAAGUUAUGAAACAGCCUUAAUAACAAAGACAAGAAAAAAAAACGAAAUGAGCUAAAGAUAGCUCGUGAUUAAACAACCAAAUUUGACCAAAAACUUCAUCUAUAUUUUCUAUACUACUUUUCUUUCCUAAAUAUACAACCUUUACUGUCAAGGAAAAGAGAAAACAUCAAAAUUUCACGUGAAAUAAUUGCUCGAGAAAAAAAGGAAAAAAAGUGCAAUUAGAGAUUGAGGAAUGGAAUUGAAGAACCAAAAAAAAUAAUGUCAUAUCAACCAAGAAAAACCCUAAAUUUUCUUAUCAACCAUUUCACUAUCUCUUCAAGUACCAUUUUUUUUGUCAAGAAACAAGAAAGAAAAUGUGAAAAAGAUAUAGGGAAGGCGUUAUAGACAGGUAGAUUAAGAGAAAUAAAAUUGAGUUAUCAGAAAAAAA